AAGUGGGAUUACAGUACAAUUUCAAGUUUUGAAAUUUGUUGUUUAAUCCACUCAAUUUUUCAAUGUGAUAAUAUUGUAAUAAAAUCAAAUCGUCGUGAGUGAAUGCAUGGCUUCAAACACUGGAAACGAGCCACGGGUCUCCAAUGAUCAAGAGAAAUAUGAGAUAAACGUCCCAACGUGGCCAUACGACCAAUGGGAAACGGUUAAGAAAUCUGAAGUCACUGAUAUGAUUGCGGAAAAUGAUAAUAAAGCACCCAUACCACGUCAUUAUCACAGUUUACCAAGAAUUCAAACUAAUUCCGCCCUAAAGGAACUUUUAAAUCAGCUUUCUUCACUAACUAAUGUGCUAGUAGACGGAACAAACGCUCGUGUUCACAAAGAAGUGCAGGAACUGAUGAAGGCGUUUUCAGAGAAUCUGAGGACCGCAGGAGUUCUCUUUAGGGGAUGUCGGUUAAUACAGGGUGGAAGCGUUGCCGAGGGAACAAAGGUAGGAAAAGCAGAUGAAUAUGACUAUUUAUUGGUUCUAAAGGUCUUAUCGGACAGGGAGACUUUUCAUCUUCGUCUCUCAGACAAAUACUUUAAAUUUGCUUUAAAACCGACAGAAUUGUUGGAAACCUUGCGAUCGGAGGUCCCGAAUUUACUGGAUUCUGACGAGGGUUCGGUGUUUUUACACUACACUUUCAAGGAACUGAUACUGAAAGCAAUCCUUAACGUUCUCGAUUCUUCAAUGCCUCCAGGGUGGAAAAGAUUUCCCGCAGAAAAUGGUGACGUUUGUUCAUCACACAUUGCUACAACGCUCCAUCUCUUCUCUGAAAAGUACGAUAUGGACGUAGACAUUGAUAUUUGUUUGUGCUUUCAGUUAUCAUCGAAUGAUAUAGAAAGUGCUGCAGAGCUAGAGGAAAAGGAGGAAAACUCGGGUUUACUCUUCUCCUACCUUCGUUGUCUUCACCAAAUUGCCCCGUUUGAAAUAUUUGCCAUCAUUGGUGACGGAGAACAUGCAUUCCGUGUUACUAACACUCGCAUAACUGCACCCCUACUAGAGCUGUCGCGGCUUCUGUCCCAUGGUCCAAAUGACGGAAGACUGAAAACCUACAAACUGGCAAAAUGCUUAACCAACAAUUUUCUUCCAAGGUACACAAAUGUAUUUGGUUGUAAAAGAUGCUGCCAUGUUCUAGUCAAAAGUUACAUUUUGAAAAACAUAAUACUUUUUAUGAUGAAACAUUACACUGAUAGCUCUUAUUGGGUGGAAGAUAAGAUAUGCACGCGUGUUUUGGAAGUGUUUGCUGUAUUGAAGCAGUGCAUUGAGGGACGAAAAGAUGAAGUGGCGUCCGUUUCCGUUUGUUGCCUUCCUGGACGAUUGCGAUUGGAUGAAAUUUCUACAAAUAACCCGUUCAUUAAGGGGAAACCCAACGAAAGAUCUGCUUUCUUAUUUACUCCGGAUUCCCAUAAACCUUUGCAUGAAAUAAGCAGCUCCCCAAAUUAUCAGGAAGAACUAUCUACAAGAAGCGUCGACGCUAAUCAAAAAAUUAAAGAGUGGUUCCAUCACUUAAACGAGGAACACUGGAACUUUUACGAACUGAUUGCAGACUUUCAGAAUCUUCUGAUGUAUCUAGCUUCCAAAACAACUGAAUGAGAUUUCAAAGACUAAUUACAAUUCUACUUUACUUAAUUAAAAGGUAACUCCUGAUAAAGUGUACUAGGGACCCCAAAUGAUGUUAUUUACUUCUGCAAAAAAACUAAUAAAUGAACAGUCGGAGACAAGUUCACUGGUCACAGAACAGAGUUGAAAAACAAUUUUAAAUUCAG